AUGCAAAAUCUCACUGAAAUCCUCAACACAACACUGUUGGGCAACUUAUCCGAUGAUGCUUCAUCGACGAGUACUGUAUCAAUCAGUACGACUACUACAUUCCUGGUCAAGACCGAAGAAGAUCCAAUUACGACGGUAUCACCACCAUCCGACCACACAACAGCCACAUCGAUCGCUUUCAUUUCGCUCGUUGUGUUUGGAGUUGCGUGUGCUCUCAUUGCAAAAAUCGUGAUUAGCCACAAGAAAAAGAGAGCCGAAUUGAUUGGAUCGGCCAGAUGGAGAAUUUCCGCGUCACGACAAAGCGCAUCGUCUGCUUCGAGCGGCGGAAAUGGUGGAAAUUCAUCUGCAACUUAUCUUCCAAUGGGACGUGGAGGAAACAAUCGCUCACUGAACAAUCAACGUCAACCACUCAACUCAUUGGAUCACCCAACUGCCGAUCGUCUCGAUUGGGAGCGCCAGUUCUUUGAUGAUUCUGAAGCCACGACCCCGUCACGACUUGUCUUCCGUUAA